AUGGCUCCAUCCAGCCCUGAUGCUAGCACUCCCGCGCUGAGCAUGAAGCUGCUGGUGGACACCAAGGCCGGGCGCGUGCUGUACGCCGAGGCCAGCAAGGACGUCGUCGACUUCCUCUUCUCCCUCCUCACGCUGCCCGUCGGCACGGUCGUCAAGAUCCUAAGCAAGGACGCCAUGGUCGGCUCCGUCGGCAACCUGUACGGGAGCGUGGAGGAGCUCGACGAGACGUACGUCCGCUCCGACUACGCCAAGGACGCGUUGCUCGCGCCGGCCGGCGGCUGCAGUGGCGGCAAGCUGCUCCGGCUGCCGGAGCCGGAGGAGCCUGCACCGACUCAGUUUUACCGUUGCAACGACAACAGCUACACUGAAUGCGAAACCAUGGUGUCUGAGGUGUACGGCACAUCAUGUCAGCAUAGGCGCUGCAGUGGUAAGAUGACCACGGCGAUCAAGAUCGUGGCUUCGAGCAGCACCGGCAGGUCUGCUCGCGGGGCUGCGGCGGUGGCCUCCGCUGUUGCAGGAACGGGUUUUGUGCAGGGUGUAGUGACGUACACGGUGAUGGACGACCUCAAGGUUGCGCCCAUGUCCACCAUCUCCGGCAUCACCCUCCUCAACACCUUUGGCAUCACGGACAUUGGCACGCUCAAGGUGCAGCUGGGCUACGAAGAGGGUCUGGAGAUCCUGCGUGUGGCCCUGCAGUCCAAGACGGUGCUCACCGACGUAUUCCUUGGGAAGAAACGGAAGGAUUGA